AACUCAACAGUCAGAAACUGUUUACGGUCCUGGAAUAUAUACAAUUGAAAUCAGCAAGCAACAUUCCAGACGUAGUUGGCGUAACAACUUCCUUCUCCCACUUUUAGGAGUGUCAUGAAGGUUUGAAAUAUGUUCCUGUCACAUAUGCAACAGUUGAUUGCUUCAAAGGAAAAACUGUCUACCUAUUUAAGAAACAAUAUUUUAUUAUCGAAAAUAUAAAAACACUAACUCAAGGACAAAGUUCUCACACCGGAAUUCAAAAUGUUCCAGUACUCCAAGAAUCUGCUACUCAUCUUUAUGAUAGCUUUUGGCGACGAAGUCAUUCAACAGUCAAGUUGUUUUACAAAAAAUCCUAAAUGUAAUCAAGCAAUGUGUAGCAAUUGUUCGUGUGAUAAAUAUUGUUACCUGUAUAAUGAAUGUUGCUUAGAUUGGGUAAAUCAAACUAAUAUAAAUCAAAGAACAUUGUCAACAGAUUACAGUUGCAGGAAAAUUGAUGCUAAUAACAGUUAUUUCGUAUUUGACCGCUGCCCAAGCGACUAUUCAUUUACAGAUCACGUUACUGGCUGUGAAACACCAGAGAGAAUGACCGAUUAUACAACAUACCUGCUUUGGGAAAACAAACUAAAAGACUUUACAGGAAUUUGUUCUGUGCUCUGUGUAAUGGAGAGGAAUACAUAUUAUGGACAGUUCACUACAAAUGUAAUCAGAUGAUGGAUAUAGAUUUGUCACUCUUCCCUGACAAGAUACAGAAUCACUGCCAAACAUUGUUUGAAGCGCCAUCAAACUAUAAAGAUUACAAAUAUAACUGUAUUCAUUACGUUGCAAAAUGUCCUCCAGACGUUACCAAUGCAUCCUUAGUUUCUUCGUGUAUGUUUGGACCAAUGGCUAUUGUGAAAUCAAAUGGAACUAAAUUUAGGAAUACUCACUGCGCCAUCUGCAACGGUUUUCAUAUUAAUGAUAUUUUCUGUAAUGUAACUAUCGAUGAAAGAUCACCAUAUUUAACCCCGCAAUACCCUCUAACAAUAAUAUUUAACUAUAAUGAUAAUUAUUUUGAAGUUUCAAAUAUGUUCCAACGUAAACUUUAUUCGAAACAAUUACCCUCUUGUUCACAAGGAUAUUUUUACGAUGAACAAAAGAAACGAUGUCGGCAUUUUCACUAUAAUUCUAGAUUAGAUUGUACAGCUAAAAGACUGGAAAAAUCUGAAUAUUACAUCACUAGUGAUGGAGAUCUUUAUCUAAAUGCUUCCAACAUUCUACUCAACCAAUCAGCAUUCAUUCAUGAUCCACAAGGUAUAAGUAUUUGUGUAAAUAACAGAACACAUGGGAUGGGAAAAUAUUAUACUUUUGCAAGCUAUAUCACGUUAGUAGGACUAGUGACAUCUAUUCCUGCUUUAUUCAUUACUAUCAUAGUUUAUCUUUGUAUACCUGAUCUCCUUACAUUACCAGGUAAACUUCUCAUUAGCCUUUUAUUAUCAUUGUUUACAGCAGAACUCCUGCUUCUUAUCUCACCACAAGUUACAUCGAGUUCCUUGUGUACAACAAUAGCUGUUCUCAUGCAUUAUUUUUUCCUGGCGGCUUUCUUCUGGAUGAAUGUCAUGUCAUUUGAUGCCUGGUACACUUUUUCAGGAUUUACACCGCUUCGAAGUACAGAAAAAGACACAAAGAGACUUGUCUACUAUUCUUUAUAUGCUUGGAUAUGUCCACUUAUAAUUGUGACAAUCUCACUCGUAUUUCAAUAUGCACCCGGGAACCAUGCACUCUCCCAGAAUAUGGAAAAGGAUUUUUUUGUUGGAUUACAAAUAUAAAAUCUCGAUUGUGGCUCUUUGCAGUGCCGCUAAUAAUAAUUUUGUUCCUUAAUAUAUUGUCUUUCAUACUCACUGCCAGAGGUCUCUAUUUAGCAAGUAAAAACUCAUCUAAAUAUCUGGAAGUAAAGAAU